CCGUCUGGUGCUCAUCGUAUAGGACGUUGACGCCUUUUACGCGUCGUGAGAAGCUAGAAUGUUGCCGCAACUCCUCCUCCUGUCUCUGGCGGUCGCGCCGAAUCUUGUUACCGGGGCCCUCUUCCCUAAGAAUUCGCAGGUGAAGAUGAUCGGGCACAAAGAAUUCAAGGCUGCCAUGAAGGAGAACAUGACUUCUGUCGUCGCGUUCAUCGCACCGUGGUGUGGUCAUUGUCAAAAAAUGGCUCCAGAAUAUAGCAAAGCUGCUCUUGGCCUCCAUCCGCUCAUACCUAUGUAUGCAGUAGACUGUGACGAUGCAACCAACAAACGGUUAUGUGCUGACCAAGGCGUGAAGGGAUUCCCAACUGUGAAGCUCUAUCCUCGAGGAAAGCAAAUGAAGCCAAUUGAAUUUGAUGGACCUCAGCGAUCUGCUAGUGAAUUCUAUUACUUUGCCCAACGUGGUAUCCCAAACAAAAUCAAGAAGGUUCACUAUAUUGAGGACUUGGAGGGCCAAAUUAACGACAAAAAGAUUAUGAAAAGGCACCGUGCUUUGCUCAUGAAAAAGACGAACAAGAUGCCACUCUUAUGGUCAACGCUCGCAAACAAGUAUGGCGAUGACAUGGAGUUUUUCUCACAUCGGGACCGACGUGGGAAGAGCUCGGUUAAACUUGGCUUCGAAAAGGGCGAGGACGGCGAUUCUAAAGUUCUCAUUUGGCCGGCGGGAGAGACGAAACCCAGGCAAUUCAUGGGCAUCUUGAAGCACGAUUCGCUUUCACGGUUCUUCGACUCUCUUCUCGACGGUAGCGCCAACUUCGAUGAAUUGAAUGCAGCGGCAGCAGCAGAGGAGUUCAUUCCUGACCCAGAACAGCUCGAAAUUGAGCGCCAACAAGAGGCAGAGAUGCUCAAACUUGCUCAUGGAGGGUUUGCAGACAUGAUCGACUUUGAGAAGGCCGUAAAAGAGGGCAGUGCGAAGGACUUCCAUGGAAAGAAUGGAUACCCUGGCAUGAUGGGUGGUGCACCAUCUGCUGGCAAGAAAGCGGAAGGCCAAAAGGAGGAUGCAAAGAGCCAGGAAACUUCGUCGUCUUCAUCUAAGUCGAAGAAGGUCAGAAUGCCGAUGACGGAUGAAGCGGGUCAGGUAGUGAUGGACGCUAACGUCGGGCCAGCAGCCGGUUCCGCAACCGCGACAGCCACCGAAGCUGUAUCUGAAGCAGCAACUGAAACACCAGCAGAGACCCCCGAGGCCGCAUCGGAGCCCGAACCUGAAGUGGAGGCUGAACCUGAGCCUGAAGCCGAGACCGUCGCGGCUGAGAAGGUUGAUGCAGAAGAGAGGAGCGCACCUGCACCAGAGCCUCCCGUUGAGCCAUCUGCUGAAACAGCUGAAGAGCACGAAGAACAUGUCAAAGACGAGCUUUAGGAAUUCGCUUUUGCUUUUGUUGUAUUUUAAUUUCGUCAAUUGCUGUGAAUCUCUUUGCAU